CAGCGUUUGGUUCGUCGUGCGGGUGCUGCUCCAUGACCAUUGUCUAUAUAUAAUUCCUGGCGGUCCCAACUCUGCAGAGAUCCGUUUCGGUCGGGAUUCUCGGGAAGGUGUGAUUUUUCUGUCGCAGCCAACUUGCAAUUUAUGCGGCUAAUUAGAACAAAAGGAGGCGGCGGCGGACCAUUAGUGCGUGACUUUCGAAUGCUGUGAGUGCUGCGCAUCCGUCAGGUUGCGUGUGCCGCGCCCCUUCCGCCCACCAAAAAUAUAAAAAGAAAAGAAAAUACAAAUAGAAAAAAAGAAAGACAACGUGCCGGAAUAAGAAAAUAAUAAUACACUCCAGCCAUCGAAACACUCGAGAAGAGAAAAAUCCCAAAAAACCUACAGUGCAAAAAACGAAAUAAAGGAAUUGAAAUUUAGGGCAAAAGCGGAUUACCAUCAGCGAUAACAGCCGAAAGCGGAAAAUCAACCGGAGGAGCGGCAUCUCCAAGUGUGCGGGAAAUGUAAAAGCGGGCGAACUGAAAAGUGAAUUGCGGAAAACGCGUUGAACAGAUAGAACCAAGUAAAUCAUAUGGAAAUGUGAACGCGUCACGACGCCUCAUUAACGUUCUUCAGUUGCGUGCGGAUCAUCAAUUAAUUCGAGUCACUUUUCGCACUUUAAGCGCCAAAAAACCAACAAUAAAGCGAAAAGAGCGAGGAUAAAUUAAUGACACAAUAACACACUGCGGUUUCAUUUGUAGUGGUCAGCGUCAGCGUGUAUCUGUGUGUGUUGUUCGCGGUGCGGGAUUUUGUGCGUUCUUCCAGAGUGGGCGCAACAGUUCGUCGGCCAAUAUACGUAUAUAGUAUGCAUAUAGACCACCCCCUCUGAUUCGAUUCGUAGUCGCGUGGCGGAUAAUUUAUCACAAUUGUCAUCGUCCGUUGGCCGCCCGAAGUGAAAGUGCAGCAUCCAGCAGAUACAAGAUACAAGAUACAAAUUGUUUAUGCAGACGUCUUCCCGAAUACGGGUCAGUGCAUUGGAACAAUAGCUGCGAGCGGCGAAACUUUUGCCCUCCCCCUGUUGGCCAAGCAAAAACAUAAAUUAAACUUACAAGUUGCCAGUGGCCGGUGGCCAGUGGCCCGGCUGAGAGUUGCAGGCCUUGAAAGUUCCUCUGGCUUUCGGAUUAGCAAGCGCCGGAAUAGCAGCGGGGAUCCUAUCCGACCGUCAAUCCGCCGAAAAAGAAGGACCAUAAAAGGGCGAAUAAACAUGUAAAAGCACAUUAAGCGAUGCUACGGACUUGAUCUGAGUUUGAGUCUGAGUCACACGGACGGACAUGCAUUCGUAAAUGUCUGCGGAAAUGCUCUUUUUAUGGGCCAAGAGUACAUUGGCGCUUCAUUAAAGCCAACGGCGGAAGCGGAAAUAGCCGAGCGGCCAUAACAAGGAGACGCGUGUUCAUUGGCGCCAGGUUGAGCAAACUGCAGUCACUGCAACAUUCUACAGCCACUCCUUUUGCACUCCUCUGCGUUUCUUUGACACUUUGGUCAAAUUGAAGUUUGCCACAUAAAUGACGAGACGUUCUCGCGUUUGGCACAACGCACCGCAAGCACAACAAAAUGACAGCCAUGCAGCUUUUAUUACCAACAACCGGAAUACCAACAACAGCAUCAACAGCAGCAACAGCAGCAGCAGCGGAACACGAAACAACAGCAAUGCAAACGACAUAUUGGCAGCAGAAAAGCGGCAAGAGCAGAGGCAAAAGCGACAGCAACAGCAUGGCCAACAUGAACACACAUCGAAAAUCACGGACGAGAUGCCCGGACAAUGGGAAAGCGAUUUGGGCUGUCGGCUUGACGUUGGCCCUCUUGACUUGCCUGCAGCUAAAAUCGGUUUUGGCGGACGAGGAGUCGCAGGAUUUUCAAAAGAACAUACCCGCUCGAUUGGUUUGGGCCGCCUUGGGCAAAACCGUGGAGUUGCCCUGCGACUUGACACCGCCCACGCCGCAGGACUCGGUGAAGCUGUUGCUCUGGUUCAAGGACACCACGGGCAUUCCGCUGUACAGCUUGGACUCGCGGGGUGGCAAUGUGAAGGUGGCGCCCCACGCGGCAAUAGCUAGCGAUCUGGGGCAGCGUCUGUUCUUCAGCAUCGGCGAUAAUCCCAAGGAUUCGCGCCUGCAGAUCAACGAUGUGAAGCCGGAGGAUGGCGGAGUCUAUCGGUGUCGCGUCGACUUCUUCAACUCGCCAACGCGGAACUUCAGGCACAACCUGACCCUAGUUGUGCCUCCCGAGGAGCCGCGCAUCUUCGAUGCCCAGGGCAAGGAGAUAGCCCAGUUGGCAGGACCCUUCCGCGAGGGCUACGAGCUCUUUCUGUGCUGCCAAGUGAGGGGAGGACGCCCUCCGCCAAAGGUCACCUGGUGGCGCGACGACACGGAGCUAAUCGGCACCAGCCACACCUCCGUGGAGGAGGGGGCCACCGUGAUGGUUAAUCAGCUGCUGAUUGGAACCACCACGCGGGACUUUUAUGGGGCGCGCAUCGAGUGCCGGGCGCAGGGAACGCGGCUGGUGGAUCCCGUCCGCAAGGAUGUCACCGUUCAGGUUUACUUAAAACCCGUGCGCGUGAAGAUCGCAACGCCCAACGAACUGCUGACCGCCGGACAUCCAGUUCCCAUUCGCUGCGAAUCCUGGGGCUCCUAUCCGGCGGCGAAGAUCACGUGGCUGCUCGAUGGCGAGCCCAUCCGGAACGCCGAGGUCAUCGUUCACAGCGACAAGGAGGACGGGAAUAUCACCACGAGCAUCCUGACAUUGAAGGUAACAUCGGAGAACGAUAAUGCCGAGCUGACGUGUCGCGCCACGAAUCCCUGGUUCUCCGGUGGCGCCAUCGAGGACAAGCGCAUCAUCCGAGUGGCCUAUCCACCCACGGUUUCGGUGCACUUGGCCAACGAGGAUCCCAGCAGACUGGUGACACGGGCCGAGGGACAGAAUGUCACUUUCAAAUGCCGGGCGGAUGCCAGACCGCCGGUUACCAGCUACUCCUGGUUCAAGAAUGGCAUGCGAAUGUCGGGCGAGAGCUCGGAAAUAAUGCACUUGACGCAGCUCGAGAGGGAGAGUGCGGGGGCGUACGCCUGCGGGGCCACAAAUACGGAGGGCGAAACCCGGAGCUCCAGCCUCACGCUAAAAGUGCAGUUUUCACCGCGCUGCAAAGCGGGCACCGAACAAACCUCCAUAGGAGCCGUCAGCCUCCACUCGAUUCUGGUCAAAUGCGAGGUGGACGCCGAUCCCCCGGACUCCGUGCGGUUCAGUUGGACCUACAACAAUACCAGGAAUGUGUCACCGGUGCUCAACUCGAGGAUACAAUCGAACGGACUGGCCAGCACAGUGACGUACCUGCCGCAGACGGACUCCGAGUUAAUAACCCUCGCCUGCUGGGCCAGCAAUGCGGUGGGCCGCCAAACGACGCCCUGUCUGGUGCACAUCCUGCCGGCAAACACUCCGGAGGCACCGAAGGCCUGCGAACUGCGCAACGACACCGUUCUGGAGGUGGUUUGUGUGGCGGGCAGCGACGGCGGACUGUCGCAAUACUUCAUGCUGGAGGUGGUGGGCGGCGACAUACUUUACUCCAACGAUCCCGGUGGAUCAGCAGGACAGGGACAGGGACAAGGACGAGGCCAGUUCAGCGAGGCCAUUGGCCUGGGCGACAACGAGAUAUCCACGCUCAACGAUCAGGCGACAUCUGCACCCAUCUUUCGCAUGCAGGAGAACAGUCCACAGUUUCGUUUGAAUAAUUUAGAGCCGGGACGUGAAUAUCAAUUUUUAGUUUACGCCGUCAACGCCAAAGGACGAAGCGAGCCGCCGGUGGUGAUUGAGAAUGUACGCGUGGCCGCCCAACUGGGACCAUAUGAUGAAUCCAUACUGUCGGAGGACCCCACGCCCGCAGAAACGACGCACCACGGAGGCGGCGGCGUGGGCGGGAGCGGCAGCUCGAGCGGCCUGGGCACCGGCGCCAGCACGGGCAGCGGUCCGGAGAAGCAGUCGACGCUGCUGAUAUUGGCCGCCGUCGUGGUGAUAGGCGCCGUCAUAGUGACGUCAAUUAUCGUGGCCGGCAUCGUGGUGGUCUGCAGGCACCGGCCGCGACCACCUGAGCCGCAGGAGGUGCGCAAGAGCAUGCGGCCGGCGCGAAGCGAUGUGCCGAGCAUGUACAUCGAGGAGGAUGAGCUCAACGAACUGGAGGAGGGCGGCGGUCGGGCGGCGGAGAUAAGGGCGCGGGUGGCCCCGCCCAACGCCCAUCUGUGCGGAGGAGUAGGAGGAGGAGCAGGAGGAAUGGGCGGAAUGCCGGGGGUGGGCUCGAGUGGCGGGGCCAUUGUGGGCGUGGCCGGACCCCAUCACUACAUCUCGGAGAGCUUCAUCCAGUACGCGCAGCCCAGCCUAAACGGCGACGUGCUGCUGCCCCUCCUCGUUACAUCCAGCCAGCCUUGCAGCACCAGUUCCAACAUAUCGAGCCUCGUCCUGGCCGUGCCCCAGGCGAAACUAUGUCCUGAUCCUGGGAGCCGAGACACUCAAUGGCCGCCCGAAUGUAUGCAAAGUAAAUUUUAUGUAACUAAAUCUGUGCAGCAGGUCGAACGACGACAACUUCGCACACAGAUCCAGAUCCAGAACGAGAAACAGAAACAAAAACUGAAACCGAAACUUAAACUGAAACAGGAACAACUGCAGUUGCAGCUGCACCAGAUGGGCAGUCAUGUCUAAGCUGAGUUCUCUGUCGAAUUCUGCACUCGCAGUCGCAAUCGCAUUCGCAUUCGCAUUUGGAGUAUUUUUAAUAUCGCCCCAAUCCAAGAACAUGGCUCUAGUCCUGCUCCAUUUCACAUUUUAAUUUGUCGUCCAUUUGGCAUCCCAAUUUACUUUGCUUGUUACGUUGCCACAUCCCUGCACUCACAUGUCUUUCAUCUGAUUUCCUUCAUUCCCUUUGUGCAUCUGUAAUUAUUUUGGCUUGUCUUUGUUGCCAUCCAAAUGCCGCAAAAAUAUCCGAAAGAUUCCCCAUUUAUUUGCGGCAUUCCCCAUGAUUUCCCUUUGACGAGCUGGCUAACUCGGUUUAAACGCUGCAAGUCCGGAGAUAGGUUUCGGCUGAGUGAAUCACAGAUAUUAAAUAAAGGCUAAUUGAAGUAUAUGAGUUUUUUGUGCCGCCCAUCCGCUUCGGAAAUCAAGGCUGGAUACACAUUAAACAAACGCAUCGGAGAGUGCAAGCAAAUAUUGUUUUUAAAAAGGAUAAAUGCAGCUCAGAGUCCCAAGACAAUGGGAAAGUCUAUGGGUCUCGGGAUGGGGCUGUUUGCUUAGUCUUUGUUUUAUGUUGACAUUUCUGUUUAUUUCUCCAUAGCUGUGGGCUUUCUCCGCUCCCCAGCUCCCGCUACAAAUCCAUCCCGGCUUUAACCCGCUCAUGUGUCACUCGUUGUUCCAGUGGCAAGUCUUUUUGGGAUGAUUCGCAUAAAUUUCCGGAGCGCAGUCGACGCACUGGCAAACAAACAUAUGUACUCUGUGCGUAAACAUGCCUCAGACAGCAACAAAUUUGCAAAAUAUUCUGCUGCCUUAACCCCUUCUAUUCACCCACUCAGUCCACUUCUCCUCACCCGUCGCUCUGUUUGUUGUGCGAGCUCAUGCAGACUUUGUUUUACCUUUGAAUUGCAUAAAUUUUAAUUAUUUCGAAAGCACUAAAUUAAAACACAAAAAUAAGCACAAAGGCACACAAACACCAGUCAGCUAGCUCUGCCUGCGCCUGACGUGCCGACAUGCUGGCAAAUGCAAAUAUUAUUUAAUGGGCAGAUGUGUCGUAUACGUGAUAUUAUUGCUAACAAAACACGACUCUCUCUGCGUUCCCCAUUCUCCGUUUCCCUUUGCCCCCGAUGCGUGGGUUCGAAUGUCGCAAAUUAGCUAAAUUUGAUUUUGUCAGCGAUUUAAUUUUAUAUUUUCAUUACUUUUAGCCUGCCCUUCCGCUCGUUAAUAUUUUAUUUUUUUUUGCACUACCCCCCGGCAGCCUGUUUAAUUUAUGUGCGCUGGGGGGCUCUUCGGCUGACAUGACACGACAAACACUCACUCACACACACUCACAGUGGGGUGUUCGUAUUUGUAAUUCCCGCUCCAGUGCUGCCCUUUCACCCGGCAGAACGUAAACCAAGUCAACUGGCUUACAAGACACUAACAAGUGCCAAAGUCUGAAAGGGCUGAAGUGCGCCAGAGGAGCAGUCCAGAAAAGAUGUAGCUAUUGCGCCAAGACGCCAACUGAAGGCAGACAGUUUUGGGAACUGUCUUGGCUGGAAUAACACUGAGCUGCAUGGCAGCUUAAGCGACUUCCUUCGAACUUUGAUGGAGCAGAAAAACUAAAAGAGCCAUUUAAGAUUUUUUUCAAUUUGAGAACUUAAACACUAGUCAAAGCUUUCUGUGAUUUGGAAAUCCAUUAUCCAUAAUAAAAAUGUAAACUAAAAGAUAAUAUAUCAUAAACACUGGAACUAUCUGUUGUAUUUUGCAUUAUUAGCUCCGGUAAUCACCCCAGAUAAUUACAAUUAAAAGCUACUUUCCUAACUGAUCCAACCAAACGGAACAGUGUCGCAAGUCAGGGUAGUAAAUUUCCCCUAGCUGCCUAGGAAUUCAUAGUCCCUACAUUUACCCGGCGAUGUCAAAUUGAAAUAAAAAGGUCCUGGAAAGAGCAAAACGCUUCCAGCGCCGUAACUCAAGGCAAACAAGUGAGCCACUGCGCGCACACACACACACACACGCAGAUCCUUACAUAUAUAUGCACUCGUGUACAAACUCAUGGCCAGAAAAAGACAGCCAUUCGCAUCUGUACAUCUCGGCAGUUGCUGUCAUUAGCCAGCAUUUUUAAUUGCAUAUGCCAGUCUCGCGUGCUCCACCGUACAGGUGGCACUGGGACCGAGAGACCGAAGGGCGGCGCGAGUCCCCGAGCAGUCAAAUUCGUUUGACUUUUUGUGCCCCACAGACAUCUCUGCGUACGAUGGUUCUGAUGGAGGAUGGGGAGGAACUGCUUUUUUGUGCACAUUUGUUUCAUUUCAUGCUGCUCCAUUCAUUUUGCCCAGCAUCCUUUUUGUCUCAUUGUUGUUUUGUGUGUGUGACACUGCGUGUGUGUGUGUCAGAAUGUGUGAGUGUGUGUGUGCGCGCGAGUCAAGAGUCGCGAGCGUCUGAGCCAUGUUUGUGUGGCCUUCGUCCUUGCUAGCCAGGCUUUUUGUGCGAGCAUUUGGAUUGUAAGUAAUGCGAGUGGGUUGUAGGUUGACGGUUGUAGCUUGUCGGUUGUAGGUUUUGGGUUGUCGGUCGUCGGUCGUUGGUUGUAGGUUGUAGGUUGUAGGUUCCAUGUGCACUCCAGCGGCACUCGUCUAAUUAGACAAAGUUGAGACCAAGCCACACAGCAGCCACUCGAAAUGAGCACACGGCGCCAUUUGCUGCGGCUAGAUGGCCUGGUGGCAUUAUCUUAAAGACUCCUUAAAGCACGUAUGUCUAUCUGCUCCGCGCCCGCACUUUGAUGUCUCCGUCAUGCCGCAAAAAAUGCCGCAGAAUUUGCUUGAGCAACAUUGUUUAUGCGGCAGCAAAGGACCUACACAGAAACCAAAACCUUAAAGCCAAUUGCCAAUCAGCUUAUUUUAGGGAAUUCAAGAUUUAGUUUCUAAAUAAUAAUAAUCUAAUAAUUUCUUUCUAACAAAUAAUAAUAUAACAAACUUAAAACAAGCAAUAAAAUAAAAAUAAAUAACUUAUUUUUCACUGUUCAAAUAAAUAUCUUCAGUUGAUAAUGUCAAGCUGUCAACCGCAGAUUAAAAAAGCGAUUCGCACACAAAAGAAACGUAUCUAUUUUUAAAACUCUCUACUGCACCCACAAUUGUUUGCAGUGCACCCACGCACACGUUCUUCCGAAUCCUCAAUGUCAACGCUGUUCAUUCAUUUGUCGCCGCACUUCCGUUUCCGCCCCCGCAACCGUUCCUUUGGCACCGCUCCCUUUAGAGGUUUUUCCGCUUUUUGUUGCGCCAUCCCGACUGGCAACAUUUUUGCGACAUUUGACAUUUUUUAAUGCUGUCAGGCGUGGCGUGAAAGUAAACGUGAAGGGCCACAACCUACCGAACACACACACACACACACACACAAAAACUCGCACAUAGAGCCACUAGAGUUGCCUUAGUUUGUGCGUCUUUAUGGCCCAAAGACGCCACACAAAUGUGACAUAAAAGGCGAUAAUAAUAAAAUAUCACAGGGUGCCCGUUCCGAGCCACGUCAAAUAACAAACUGCAAAAUCGUAAACAACAAGCGCUAGAUGACGCUCAAGAUUCACUUGUGCCGGGGCGACACAAUAAGUCGGACCACCACAAUAAAAACCGACUCGCACAUAAAUUCCGUCGAAAUGCGCUAUAAAAAUUAAGAAAUUGUUGAAUUAUUUUACGUUUACGAGCGGAAAAAGGGCGAACUGGGGUGAUUGGGCCAGCAAAAGUGAAUAUUAAUGUUUGAAAUGCUCCUCCGUUAAAUGUUCUUGAUGUCUCUGUUGCUCUUGUUUCUGUUGCUGUUUCUGAUUCUGAUUCUGAUUCUGUUUCUGAUUGUGAUUGUGAUUGUGUUCGUGUAUUGCUGUUUUACUAGAUGCUAUUUAUUUUGUUAUCAGCGCACAGUUGGUCACGCUUUCGCUACGUAUUUGCUAAUGGUUCUCUUUUCUUUUCGCCGCUCAAAUCAUAAUUUGCAACUUCGUUUAUGAUGUCAUUUUGCAAGUGUUGUGAAUCUGAAAAGCAAUAGCAACAAACCAAAUCAAACCAAACCAAAUCAACCAAGCAAACAAGCCAAACUAAUCGGUAUAAACAUUUUGCCUUUGUUUCUCUAUUCCUGAACACUCACAAACACACUCACUAACUCACACACACACACACACACUUCUCACCCAUUACUCACUCUCACAUGAAUUUAUGUCUCACCCAAAUACACUUACGCUCACCCACAUCUACAUUCACAUCCACAUAUGCCAUUGUUGUUGAUUUUGUUUUAUACCAACCAACCAAAGUGUAUAUUGCAGACCCGGAUCUGAUAUUGCCGCGCGGCGAAUUGGAAUUUACGACCCUGGAUCCAACGCUGAAGUAAUUGUAAAAAGUAAUAAUAAAUAUCUACCGUAGUCAGCUAACACACACACAUACAGAGACACACACACAAUCACGCGCGGUGAGGCCUCAUAAUUCACGGGCAUUUCAUUUAACAUAGCUGUAAAUUUUUAGCAUAAAUUUAAAUGCAUUACCGUAAAAGGUAAUUCGUAUUGCGUAAGUGUAAGAGGACAGACAACAGAUAAGGAUAAGCCAUUUUGUAAUUGUCAGCCAUUAAGUGUCAUGCGAACUCCGAGCUGCGGAUUAAAAAUCAAAAGAAUAAACCCGAGAAGCUGCGCUAUAAAUACGCUACAAACUUGUAACUGAAAUCAAAAUAUACAACUUGUAAAUACAACAUACAAACACACACACACAUACACAGACUACACACCAGACACACUCAUUUUGCUGUUGCACCAUCGACUGUACAUAGAGAACGGGCAAACAUUAAUCAAACUGCAUUUAAAUGUUAAAUAUUAAUUGUAAUUAAUGAACAACUAGCCCGUAAGCGAGUAGUUACGUAAGCCGUGUGUAUUGAAAGUGUAAUUAGACUCAUAGAGCCGACUCAAAGUUAUUGGCCAUCAGACUUCGAACUAGAAUACUUGCCUCGGAAGUGGGCAAGUGUCUGGGCAUCGAGCCAAAACAAAAGCCGUUCAUCCGUUUAUGUCUGCAUAGCGAUAUAGGAUUCAUUAGCAGUUACAGCUGUCCGGUGAAUUAAAAUUGAAACGUAGCCGGUCGACUAGCACUGUUUCUGGGCCAUUUUCUCCAUACUUCUCCGAUCCGAUCUGACAGAUUCAGCUGCUAUUUAUGGCAAUUCCAUGAAUAUUCUAUUACCACAAUAAGCCGAACCGAAGGCGAAGAUGAACAACAACCGAAAAGCAAACAACAGUCAAGAGGGCGAGGUUCGAUGUUCGAGUGCAUAAUGAAUAAAUGUCGAGUGAACAGCCAAUUCCCAGAGUCCACAACAAUUCCACUCAUACAUCCACUCUGGGGCAUCCGACCUAGACCCUCGUCGACUACAACACAAACAAUAAAAGCGAGUUCAGUGUAAAUGUUAUAAAUAACUAAAGUAACCGAGCAAAAGUACGACAUAAAAGUAAUAAUAAUAAUAAUAAUACGCCAUACAGUUUACACAAUACUCCAAUGUAAUUCGAAUUCUAAUUUCAAAUAUACAUACAAACAUAAAGUGAAAUGGCAGACUAGCAAAAUAUACAGUGCGUAUGCGUAAUAAAAUAAAUUGAAUAUAUAUAUAUAUAUAGAUACAUAUAAAUGGAAACACCGGGGCAGUCAUCUGAUUGUUCCCGCCUGUCGUUCUCUGUCUCUGUCACUCUGGACAAAACCAAACUGAUUGUUUUUAAGCAAAGUUAGAUUUAUAAAUAAAUUAAAAUUAAAAACGAAAAACGAGAAAGGAAUGAGAAAGGCAAACUUAAAAGUGAAAUACAUUUAAACUAAGUCGAAACUACUGAGUGUGUUAAUAAUAAUACCGAAUACUGAAUAAAUAAACAAGAUUCAAACCAAA